AUGGCAUACAUGCAUGAGAGCAUGGAGAGUGGAAUGGAUGCAUGGCGUGGUGUAGAGAGAGAAAAGGUGGUGAGGGACAUGUGGUGUGGUGUAGAGAGAGAAAAUGUGGUGAGGGACAUGUGGUGUGGUGUAGAGAGAGAAAAGAUGGUGAGGGACAUGUGGUGUGGUGUAGAAAGAGAAAAUGUGGUGAGGGGAUUGUGGUGUGGUGUAGAAAGAGAAAAUGUGGUGAGAGGAUUGUGGUGUGGUGUAGAGAGAGAAAAGGUGGUGAGGAAGAAAAUGAGGGAGUUGGGUAUUGAAGGUGAGAGAUGGACGGGUGAGGAAUGGGUGGUGAGUGAAAGUGUCCAUGGGGGGUGGCCAUGCAUGUUGGAUAGGGUGGGUGGCUUUGGGAUUCCUAUGGAGAUGAGCAUGGCAUGGGUAUGGUGGGCAGCCGGGUAUGAAAAUGGAUGUGAGAAAAAUGAGGCAACCGUCUGGGUACAGAGAGGUGAUGGUGUGGGGUCUAUAAAGGUGGUGGACAUGGGAAGAUCUUCACCAGCUAAUGCAGUUGGAUGGAACUACAUGAAUGCUGUGUUGGAAAAUUACAGCCUAGGAGUGACGUGCCAUGGCUAUACCAAGAGUAGAUGA